AUGUCCGGCGCUUUGGAUUUGGAACUAAUGGAUAUUGCUGCCAGAUCAUUAAACUAUAUACGGCAAUCGAGGAUAUUAAUAAUUGCUCGGAAUAUUAGCAAUGAAGAAGAAUUUAUGGUGGAAUGUUUGGCUCUACUCGAAGAAUAUCCCAUGACAAAUGUUUUGCUAUAUUUUUUAAAAAAUUCAUUUGAAAUCCCAUUGGACUAUCAACAACUGAAACCGUUUCCAGAAUUUCAUUGGCAGAAGAGGAAUUUCAAUGAAAAGGAUUUGAAAUAUUAUCCCCAACAUUGGCGAAAUUUGUAUGGAACAAAUAUCACCACCCACACUGAUCAGUCCCUACCCUCAUCCGUGACCUACAUUGAUGAACGGGGAAACUUAAAACUAAAUGGACAUGUGGCCAGAUUGGUGUUACUUUUUGCGGAAUAUUUUAAUGGCACCCUGAGAAUGUAUAGACCACUAGAAAUGAACGGAUUUACCCAUUUCACCGUUGUCGCUGAUAUGGCCACCAAACGUUUGAUUGACAUUGCCAUGUGUCUGCACGUUAUAUCUACACCUGGACAUAGUACUUGGACUUAUGCCUCAGAUGUUUAUGAAAUAGGCAGGGGUAUGAUUAUUGUGCCAUGUUCACAGCCCCUAUCUAUUGGAGAUAUGUUUGAAAUUCUUUUGAAUGAAUAUUUCUUUGGCAUGGUCAUAAUUUUUACGCUACUAUUCUCUAUUCUUCAUUUCGUCAUCGAAUAUUAUUUUGAUGGCGAAUUUAGCUAUACGGAUCUGAUUUUUAAUAAUCGCAUAAUUAGUGGAGUUUUGGGUCUAUCAUUUUCUGGUCGCAACUCACCAUGGCGUGGCUUGAAACUCAUUUACAUUCUUCUAUUCUUUGCUGGUCUGAACAUCAACGCCCAAUUUUCGGCCCGUGAUCUCGCCAUUAUGGGCGGCAUAAUGUUGGAUAUUUUUCGUUCGUUGAUUAUCACCGAAGAUGUUGCUGAAUAUUCCAGAAUGCGUUUUAAUUUCAAUACCACAACCGGUUAUUAUGCGACAUUGGCGCAAUGGAAACUUUUCAGUUUGAAACAAAAAUAUCACAGUCACAAAACCUAUUGUACCUAUGAAAAUUUGACCUUACAUAAGUUUAUACCCUGGAAUAUAUUGCUGCAGCCAAAUUCUCAAUAUAAGGAAGCUUUUAAUUACCUUCUACAUCGAGUUCAUGAGGCGGGAUUAUCAGAUGCCUGGUAUGCCAGUGCAUUUAAUGAUUUAUUGAAAUUGAAACGUUUAUCACUGGCGGAUCCCAAUCCAGAAGGUGGACCAAGUACAAUGACCGUCGACGACUUGCGCUGGGCAUGGUUGGAGGAGACAUUUAGUGAUUAA